AAUGAAUUAACGAUUAUCCUUAAAUGUUAUUUGACCACUGAAUUAAUGAUAGUCAUUAAUUCAUUGUCAUGCGCAAGGCGCGGAUGCUAAGGUGUUGUUGAUCACAUGGUUGACUACUCAAGCAUUCAAUUGCAAGCAUUGAAGCAAGCGAGGAUGACUGGUAAGCGAGACAAACCACAGACACCAAACAAGAAGAUAGUACCGCGGCUUAAGGCCUUUCCAGAAUGUGGUACAAAUUGUCCUACUGCAUGUCGCAGCUGCAAAAAUGAAAACUGCUCAUACAUUUUUGCAAAGAAGGUCAAGUCGAACCAUGAUGCUAUUGAAAAGAAAGGGACAACCAACCCAACCAAUCAGAAAGACAUGAUGUAUUAUAGGGCAGACGUCCUGCAUCAGAAACACCAAAAUGACAUUGUCAUUUUGACAUUUAAGAGACAUGGUCUGGGCACAACAGUGCUAUGGCACAGAAGGUGCCGGUGCAGCCUUUGUUGGGCACGAGGGGGAGAAGCCUGCCCAUGAACUUGGGAAAAUGGUUAAGAAAAUGUUUGAGACGUUUAUGGAAGGUGAGACUAAGGACUGGGAGACCACAAAACAUGGAACCCCUGGUCCAUGUACCACCUCCUUGGACCACCCCUAAAACUGCCUAAAAGCUGAGACAAAAUGAAUUUGUGUGAAUAAAUCUGGCACAUUAGAGACCCUAAAUGUCUGAUACAGUCCAAUAUUUAAUAUAACAGCAGUCUAUGUGCCUCUACCGCCAUCUUGGAACAUUAUCCACUAACCAUUCCUAAUGAAGGGUAUUAGAGGAAUAUAUGUUGUAGGGGUGUAAAGAAUGUCCCCACCCCAACCCAUUCUCCCAUAUCCUUUAUAAAGAGUUUGCUAUUUGUUUUUCUCUUCUCACUUCAAACUUUUUUCAUUUCUUACAUAAUUGAUCUUGACACAAUAUCAAAAUUUGUGUCCGCUCCACUAUUUUAUCAAAGCAUUAUUUCCAUUUUCAAGUUUUAGUUGCAUUAUUGAAUUUACAGUAACAAAAAUGUUUGGGUAAUUUUUAAUGAUGGCCGAAGUUGUUGAAAAAGGUUGUUUAAGCUUUGUUUUUUGUGUUUUAUCAUUGUCAUUAUUAUUGUUAUUCACACAACUGGCUUUCAAAAUGCUAUAAAAAAUUAGUCACAAAUAUGACU